AUCCCGGGACGGGCAGAGCGCGGGGUCCGGGAGCGCGCCGCCGCCGCGGGCAGGACAUGAUAGGUAGAAAAGAAUCCUGUGCUUCAAGACAGUUACCAAUGAUCAGCUGCCUCUUCUAUGCCCUGGAAGAAUGGACUGUUGUGGAGUUCCUGAAGAAAUACCUUUUUUAUGUGAUCAUUGGCUCACUGACAAUUUGUGCAAUAUUAGUCUUUUUUAUAGUUCCUUUAACAAUCGUCUUUUUUAUUUACCUUACUAAUAUUUUGCUUUUAAUACAUCAGAGGAACAAUGAAUUAAAAGCAGAUCCCUUGAGUGAUGCUUGGAAUAGAGUAAGAAAAACUAUAGCAACUUUUUGGGAUAUAUAUGCAAGAAUAUGGCAUGGUUAUGAGCUUCAUGGUGUGGGAAACCUCCCAGAAGGACCAGGCAUUCUUGUGUAUUACCAUGGAGCUAUUCCUAUAGACUACCUUUACUUUUUGUCUAGGCUGUUUCUGUGGAAAAAAAGGCUUUGCCUGUCAGUAGCUGAUCAUUUUGUGUUUCGCUUACCAGGACUUAAAUUAUUGCUGGGAGUGACAGGUGUUAUCCCAGGUACGAGGGAGGAGUGUCUUGCUGCGCUGAGGAAUGGGUACUUGGUGUCCAUCUCACCAGGUGGAGUGCGAGAAGCGCUGUUCAGUGACCAAAGUUACCAGCUCAUGUGGGGAAAUCGAAAAGGCUUUGCUCAGGUCGCUCUAGAAGCAAAAGUGCCCAUCAUUCCAAUGUAUACUCAAAAUGUCCGUGAAGGCUAUAGGAUGUUUAAAGAAAGAAGAUUUUUUAGACAGUUAUAUGAAAGCACUCGGUUGCCUUUUACUCCUCCAUACGGAGGACUUCCAGUUAAAUUCCGCACAUACAUUGGGAAGCCAAUCCCUUAUGACCCAAAUAUAACUACAGAGGAAUUAGUUGAAAAGACAAAGACUGCUGUCCAGGCUCUCAUAAGCAAGCACCAAACAAUCCCAGGCAACAUAUGGAAGGCUUUACUGGAGAGAUUUGAUAAACGCCGUAAAAGUGAUUAGAAUGCUCAUGUUUAUUUCAUUGGUUUUACAGCAUACAGUAAAAACAGUGUCCUACUGGUCACUAAUAGUUGGUGUUAACCAGUUUAAUUUACAAAUUUCUACAGAUUUAGUGGAAGAAAACAAUUAACCUCUAAAAAGCUGCCCCAUGUCUUUGAGAAUAUCAUGAACUAAGAAAAAUUGGUGAAGAUGACUUCUGUAUAAUAGCAAUGCAAUGGCUAAAUUCCCCCCAAAAGGAAAUCAUGCAGCCAAGAUUUUCCUGGUUCCUUAAACAAGUAUGUACUUCCAUCCAAGAGCCUUGGUGGUGUUGUCUAGAUCUGUGUGUUUGUGUUUUGAGCACAGUCUGGUCUCAGAGCAGAGCCUCAGGGCUGGUGUUGUCCCACCAGAGACCACCCCACGAGAGGCACCCUCCCUGAUGGGCCCCAAGCAAGACAUGUCAGAACAAAUUGUCUUGCUUUAGGUAAACAGCUACUGCUUACACCAUUCUCCUAGAGACUACAAAAAGAGACAUAAUCCCAUUAAAACAGAUGUUAGACUACUUCAAACCCAUCAGCUUAGUAGUGUAUACUCUGGAAAGCAGGAAUGUUUGCAUCGAAGAAUUUCCCCCCACCGAAAAAGGUAUCUCAAAAAGAGAAAAAAGGUGUAACAAAUAUUGCAAAUACAUGUAGAAGGUAGUUUCAAGUCUGAGCUGGUUUGUGCAUGCUCUAUUGCAACACACCAUAGUUGUUUAGUGGAUGAAGCUGCCCCAGCCUAGAAAUCCCUGGAUAUGGUGUGUGCAUAUGGCUGUGCUGUAUUUACUCAAAUCCCCCAGAGAACAGGCUUGGGGGGAGCUUUCUUAGGCUUAUCAUCACUGGUGGUUUGCCUAAAAAUGCAGUACUGCAACACUGCCAGUACAGAAUGAACCAAAAUACCUGUUUGGAAAGACAGUCUUGUCUUCCUAAUACAACUUGUGGAAAACUGAAAGUUAGUACAAAGCACAAUGUGUUUUUACAGGCUGUGGGAUGUUGUUACUGAUGGGAGUGGGACAACUUUGUGUAACCUAUCCAAUAUGCCAUUAUAUGAAACCAAGUCUUAAUUUCAAAGACCAAGAUAGGUAAUUUUUGUGCCUCAUUUUUCCUUCAUGUACUUUUAAUAUGUAAAUAAUCUUUCCUCUCAACAUCCUAAAAGGUUACAGAGCAUCUAAGGAAAUAUAUGUAAUGUUUGCCCAUUUUUCAGUAGAAAACUAAAUCUGCUCUUUGGAUUAAAAUAAAUUCUUCCCUGACCAUGCCUCUUCACAAGUAUUUCUUGCACAUCUGGCAAAGGGAGAAGGAUGAACAGGUGAGUUACUUCCCUGAACCAAAAAGACAGGAAUCCUGUCCUGAAAAAAACCCUCAAACCUGUCUUAAGAAACAGGAAUCUUUACUUGAAUACCGUAACUAUAAUUGCUGUAUACGGGCAGAAAGAUUUUUCUCCCAGCAGAGACUCAGCAUGCAUAGGAGAUGAUAAACUAAAGUAGAUCAAGAUGCAGGCUGAUAUGCCUGGACAUAAGUAGGAAUUCAAACCAGAAAUCUUACAUGCUGCACUGCAUGCACAAGCUAAAAUGCAAAGCCUGAGCUUAAGUCAAGGGAGAAAAUGAACUAAAGGAAAAGGUUAUAGAAUACUAAAAUGGGCACAGAUGAAGAAGCAAGAGGAUUUAUAAAUAACUAGAAUCUGAAGUCUUUCUUUGUACUGCAGAAACUGUAGAAGGACUAGACAGAAUCGUUGUCUGGCUAUCCUGUUUUUCAAGUACAUGAAUAUCAUCAUGGAAUGUGUCCAAAGAAGGGCAACAAAGCUGGUAAAGGGUCUGGAGCACAAGUCUUAUGAGGAAAAUCUGAGGGAGGUGGGGUUAUUUAACCUGGAGAACAGGAACUCAUGGGGGACCAACACCUACAACUACUGGAAAGCAUGGUUGUGGCCAGGUGGGAGUGGGUCUCAAUUCCCAGAUAAUAAGGGACAGAACAAGAGGAAAAGGAAGUUGUGCUGGGAGAGGUUUAGAUCGGAUGUCAGGAAAAAUGUCUUCACUGGGAGGGUUGCCAAGCAUUGGAACAGACUGCCCAGUGCAGUGGUGAAAUCACCACCGCAGGAGGCAUUUAGAAGAUGUGUAGAUGUGGCACUUGUGGAUGUGGUUUAGUGGUGGGCUUGGCAGAGUUAGGUUAUUGAUUGGACUCAGUGGUCUAAAACUUCCUUUCCAACUUAACUAUUCUGAUUCCAUGACCAAUUAACCACUUAAGUUAUCAGAAUUUGCACAACCUUUCAAAUGCCAUGCUCUCUGAUACAUGAUGCCAGGAGCUGUGCUGCAACUCAGAAUGGAGCACUAACCUGGGUAGGAGAUAGGUAAUCAGAUCACUGAUUAUCUUUCAAAGUAGAGAUUUCUGUCUCUAUCUCCACUAUUUCAGACAGCUGUUAAUAUCUUCUAACAAGGUUUAAGUUUCUCCCGGACUAUUACAUCUUUUAGCAGCACCACUGUGUUAUCUGCAUCUUCUCUGAGUAAAAAAUAAUUUCUAUUUGUUGUCUUCUGUCACAGUUAUCUAAGAGUAUUUUCUGGGGUCUCAAGAUGAUAGACACAAUUAUCCUGUGAGAAACAGGAGGGAUUUUGAAUGAUGUGUGUUAUUUUUCUAAUAAAAAAUUGUAAAGUUUUUCCAGAAACAUUAUAGUGCUGCUCUAAUAAUAAGUUAUUAUAUUAUUUUAGUGGCUUGCUCUAAAUUUUUACUCUUUUUAGAGCAGUACUGUAGAAUCUAGAAAUAAAAACUGGUGUUACAGAAACUAGAGUUGUCAUACAAAUAGAAAUGUAAUUGCAGAUCAAAUCAUUCCCUUGCUACACUUAUUUUUUAGCCUCUCAAUCAUACAACAAAAAAAAAGAAAUGAAAACCAGCAAAUUACCUGUGCCUGCCUCAAAAUGAAAACAGCAUUUAUGACUCUUGUUAGGUAUAGUUUGCCCAGUAAGUAAUGCAGGGAAAUUCUGGUUUUGAAGCUUUUUGCGUAUAAUGUUUAACCAGCUCAAACGACAAGAUUUUGCAUUGAGGAAAAGUAUAAUACUGAUAACAUGGUAAAUUAAUAAAAUCAUAGAGUCGUAGAAUAUCCAGAAUUGGAAGGG